AGGGGCGGCGGGAUGGAGCCGCCGGGCCCGCCCCCGGCCUACGCCCCCGCCAACGGGGACUUCACCUUUGUCUCCUCGGCGGACGCCGAAGAUCUCAGUGGCUCUAUAGCAUCCUCAGAUGUCAAAUUAAACCUCGGUGGUGAUUUUAUCAAAGAAUCCACAGCUACUACAUUUCUGAGACAAAGAGGCUAUGGCUGGCUUUUGGAAGUUGAAGAUGAUGAUCCUGAAGAUAACAAGCCACUUUUGGAAGAAUUGGAUAUUGAUCUGAAGGAUAUCUAUUACAAAAUCCGAUGUGUUUUGAUGCCAAUGCCAUCACUUGGUUUUAAUAGACAAGUGGUGAGAGACAAUCCUGACUUUUGGGGUCCUCUGGCAGUUGUUCUUUUCUUUUCCAUGAUCUCAUUAUAUGGACAGUUUAGGGUGGUCUCAUGGAUUAUAACCAUUUGGAUAUUUGGGUCACUGACAAUUUUCUUACUGGCCAGAGUUCUUGGUGGAGAAGUUGCAUAUGGCCAAGUUCUUGGAGUUAUAGGAUAUUCAUUACUUCCUCUCAUUGUCAUAGCCCCAGUACUUGUGGUGGUUGGAUCAUUUGAAGUGGUAUCUACACUUAUAAAACUGUUUGGUGUGUUUUGGGCUGCCUACAGUGCUGCUUCAUUGUUAGUGGGUGAAGAAUUCAAGACCAAAAAGCCUCUCCUGAUUUAUCCAAUCUUUUUAUUAUACAUUUAUUUUUUGUCUUUAUAUACUGGAGUGUGAGCCAAGUCAUACUUGAGUGGAAAAAAAAAUGAUGUUACAUUUGUGUGUAGGCUGGGAAUUCUUGCUGAAGGGAUUGAAGAAAAUGUUGCUGGUAAAAAUUUACACAUUCCAGAUGUAAAGGCUAAAGGUUUAAGGUCUUUUUAAAAACAAUAUUUUUUGUAUUUAAUUAAACAAUUAGUUAUCUGGGAUUUUUUUUGGUCAGAAUCCUAUAUUCUGUUUGAUUCUUCAUAUUCCAGUGAAUAAAAUAUAAAAGCAUUGUGUUUUUAACAUUGUGUCAUAUUCACCUAAAAACUUGUGCCAAAAGCACCUGAAUCGGUAAUUACACUUCACUUGAAGGAUAAAUCUGACAAUGUCCUAAUAAUCGAAAAGUGCAAUUUUUUUUCUUUAAAGAGUUUUCUCCUACAUUGCAGAUCCUGUAGAUAAAUAUUUAUAUUUAUACAUAUAUAUUUAUGAAAUAAUUCUUAUUCACAAAAUAUAUUUCUUAAUAGCCUAAAAAUUAAGAUACUAAAUCUGAUGCUUAAAUUUUCUUUAAUUUGGCCAUUAAUAUUUUUUAUUGAGAAUUUUAAAUUUGUUUUUUAAAUUGUAUAUCAUUUUAAAAAUAAUAGUUGCUAAUGUAGAUUUGGUUUGUGUGGAUAUGCUUUUAAAAACCAUUUUGAAUGUUUAACAUCUGACUUAAAGUUUUUGUUUUAUCUUUCUGACCAAAGGAGCAAGAGGUAUAAUGGAUAUAGCAGUCAUUAAAAUCGUUAAUAUAUAGGAAAACAAUAAUAUUUAUAGCAUCAGUAAUAUUUUUUAGUGCUAUUCCUAAAUCAGAAAAAUUGCAGGAAAGAGAUCUUUAAAAUCCUAUGGUCCUAAACAAUGUUAUAUGAUGUAGAAAAUAAAAUGUUUUCCAGCUGUGUGUUUUGUUUUA